GAGUGUCGCAACUCUUUACAGCUCUGCGCUUAGCAAGGGAAAAGUACAUGAAAUAGCCAAUCGCUGUAAAGACCUUCUAGCCAAUCAGAGACAAGAAAGGCGGGAUCUUCCUUGGACAUCCUAGGAUUCCAAAUGACACUUCCGGCGACCCAUGGUCCAGAUAGAUAGGCGUGACUUAAAGGCUUCGUAUUGGGAGAAGGUCAAAUGAUUCAGCAUAGCUGCCUGUGCGUAACCCGCUAUUGCACACCGCUGCUGAGGAAUUCUUAUCGACCAGCCCGUCAGCGUUAAGGGAUAACCCAGAACGUCGAGCCACUGAAAGUUUGAAAAGGCAACAUCAAAUCUCAACCUCCCAAAGCCCGGGGCAAGAGGAAGAGGACGUUGCCAACAUGUUCAGCACUAAAAGACUAAAGCAGAAGUCUCAGUCGGUGGAUAUUGCCAGUCAAGGAUUCUCUCCGACACUAGUGCCAGCUUUGGCCUGCGACAAGGCUUCACCAGCUGUUGCCAAGGCAACUGCUGGCCUCGUGGUGCAGGAGAACUACACCACCGACUCUCAGCAACGCUCUUCUCGCUGUGUGGAGAUGAAGAGAGGCUACACCAUAGAUACCGGGCAGAAGAGUCCAGAAAAAAAGGAUGGGAGGCGCUUGUCAUUCCAGAGACCCAAAGGAACCACCAAAUAUUCUGUGGAAUUACUGGACACGUUGAACAGCAUUGCACUCAAGUUUGACACCACACCCAAUGAGCUGGUUCAGCUGAACAAGCUGUUCUCCAGAGCUGUGGUGCCUGGCCAGGUUCUGUACGUUCCUGAUCCUGGCUACAUCUCCAGUAUUGGAAGUUCUCCCUCCCUCAGUCCCAUCAGCCCCCUGUCUCCCACAUCUUCUGAAGCUGACUUAGAAAAGGUGACGGAUUCUGAUGUUUCCCCCAGACCAGAAGGCAUCCACCCCCUAGUGUUCCCAUCCAUCCACAAGUCUAAAGUGGUGUUAUCCACCUCUGAGGAGGAAGAGGCCCUUACAGAGAAGUUCCUCAAGAUCAACUGCAAGUACAUCACAGAUGGCAUGGGAGCGGUUAGUGGGGUGUUGUUGGUGACACCCAACAACAUCAUGUUUGACCCUCACCGCAUGGAUCCCCUGGUUCAGGCCCAUGGAUGUGAGGAGUAUGGCAUCAUGUGUCCCCUGGAGGAGGUGCGGUCUGCUUCCAUCUACAAGGAGGUCACUGACUUCAAGAUGAGAGAAGCUGUCCCAGAUGACCUGGAGCCCCUGCCAGAUGAGAGACACCCAUCCAAGCAGAAAGAUCUGGACAUUAGACUGAGAGAACCAGGGACUAACAACAGCAGUAACAUGGUCCCACGAAGCGCCGAAGGCUCCAUCUCGGAGGAUGUCUUCAUUGAGACGGAACUGCCCCCCAUUCUGAAAGAGGAACAACAAGCCUUCAGUGAUGGCCUCUGUCAGGAAACGUCUUCUGGUGCUUUUUCAGAGUCUGUUCAGACCCCUUUCCAGGUGGAGGUCUCCAGCUCACAGGCCCAGGGUGGUGCCCAAAGCUUAGUCAGUCAGCAGGAGGAGCCUGCUGCAGCAAAAGCAGAAAAAAAUCCACAAAACACUGCCACAGUAAAUGACAGCCAGUCCUCCAGGGGACCAGAGCAGCUCAGUGUAGAGAAGCCACCAAGCACACCCACCAAUGCCACCACCAGCAGCACUAGCCAGACCCAGGGUCCUGACAACAGCAGCACCUCUCACCCAGGGUCCCAACGUUCAGCCAACCUCUCCGUCCCAUCCACUCCACAGGAGGACACAGACCAUGGGCUUGAAACCUCCAAAACAGACUCUGUGCAACAAGACGAGGAGGAGGGAUGUGAGGAGCAGACACAAAAGGACGACACACAUAAAUCAGAGGGUACAGGGUCUGCUGAAAGGAGGAAGCACCGCACUCACAAAUUCCUGUGUCUGCAAGUGGGGAAGCCCAUGAAGAAGACAUUUGUUUCCAAUGCCAGUGCCUCCAUGCAGCAGUAUGCCCAGCAGGGCAAGAGGAAUGAAUACUGGUUUGCAGUUCCACAGGAGAGGUCAGGUCACCUGUAUGUAUUCUUUAAGCAGUGGAGCCCAGACAUGUAUGGCGAGGGGGUCAGAGGAAUGGGACAGGAGCUGGGAUUCAGGGUCGUCAAAAAGAAUGUGUUGUCGGAAACGUCUGACAAUGAGCCCAUCACUGAGUUCAAUGUCAAGGAAUGGGAGGUAGUGUCUCUGACGGAGUACCACCGUCGGAUCGAUGCGCUAAACAGUGAAGAUCUGCGCUCACUCUGCAAACGACUUCAGAUUACCACCAAAGACGAGGUGAACUUGAAGCACGGCACAUCCACCAAAGCUGAGUUGGAGCCCGAAACGUUCAAACCCAACCUCAGAGAACCGAGUGAACUCCUGGAGGUCAACCAGAUAGAAAAGCUUGCGGGACAUCUUCCACCACGGACUAUUGGAUAUCCCUGGACACUAGCCUUUGGCACAUCAAAGCAUGGCAUGAGCAUUAAGACUCUGUAUAGAGCCAUGCAGGGCCAGGACACCCCCAUCCUCCUUGUUAUUAAGGACAGCGACGGCCAGGUGUUUGGUGCUCUGGCUUCUGAGCCCUUUAAAGUCAGUGAUGGCUUCUAUGGCACGGGAGAAACCUUCCUCUUCACGUUCAAUCCUGAGUUUGAGGUGUUCAAAUGGACAGGCGACAACAUGUUUUUCAUUAAAGGAGAUAUGGACUCCUUAGCUUUUGGUGGAGGAAGCGGUGAGUUUGGCCUUUGGCUGGAUGGAGACCUUUAUCAUGGUCGAAGCCACUCAUGUAAAACAUUUGGAAACCCCAUGCUUUCAAAAAAGGAGGAUUUCUAUGUGCAAGAUAUAGAAGUAUGGGCUUUUGAAUAACAAGGCUUGUCAGUACAGGGCAAAGACCAUGGAAACUUCUCAAACCUAACUGCACAUCACAUGGCCUUCCAUCUGGAAGUCAGCUAUUGGAUACAUGUUGUGUCUUACUAGUGCAGUUAUUACAGAUCUUUGUUUUCUCAUUGUGAAAAAGGAUCUUUCUGUGUAUCUUGUUCCAGCCUUGUGCAGUGUCUUUGCAGUGUGUGUGUUUGGGGGGUCACUCGAGUGAGAGACGGGGCCCACUGGGGCUCAGAGCUCUUCUCUGAAGAUGGCUGAGGUUUGGGACUACUCUCCCUACAGGUCCUGAUAGUACAUCAGAACUUUAAAGAAAUUAACCCUUUGAUGCAUAAUGGUCACUACAGUGGACAGGUACUCAAAAUAGUUUUUUUUUUUUGCUAUUAAGCACAGCUGUUGAAGACAUUAUUGCAUUUGAGCCUCUCCAUUUGGACUUCAGUAAGUCAAGCCAACAUAUUUCAUGUUCAGAAUGCACACUGUCCACAGAGGUGGACAUGUAAUAAUUUUUUUGUAAAUUAAAUGUUACAAAAGAUAUUUGUUGAAAUUUGUUUCAUUCACACCUAAAGAUGAAUGAUAAAAAUUGUUUAACCCUCCCACUGUCCUAAUGGGUGUGACCCCGCGAGGAAAGUUGACCAUUGAUCAGGAUUGAUGGUUUAUCCCUUGUGAGGUCCAUGUGGCAGGGGUGAGGUGGUGUUCACUCCUCACCCCUGCCACAUGGACCCAAGGGAUAACCCUGCUCAAUGGUCAACUUUCCUCACGGGGUCACGCCCAUUAGGACAGUGGGAGGGUUAAAAAAAUCAUGGUUGAAGAUUUCAUAAUUCAUGCAUCAAAGGGCUAAAGGAACCCCCCUCCCCCUUUCAAUCAGUAGAGUGUUACCUGCUGUUCUGUCAGCCAUGACACAUUCCAUUAUUCCUGAUCAUGGAGUGUCACAAUAACACUGCUGAUCUGUGGAGAACAUACAAACACAUCCGCAGCAGGACACGAUGGCAGCUCCUGGGAGAAAAGGGAGUAAUCUGUGUGUAGUGUAUAACGAAGAAGGGGUUCAUCUUUACAGUCUUGAUCUGGGUUGUCCUCUAAGGCGUACCUUUAGUAUUGUGUGUUGUAGUCCUGUUGUUCACCAUCAUAGUACACCAUCUGAAAACACCUCACUAUAACCAGACCACCCAUUGUUGUAUCGUUCUGUUCAGUGAGUUUAUCUGUGAAUCCAGCUAACAGCAGCUCCUCCCAUUUGGACACUGGCUGUACUCUUCAUAGACAGUAAUGUGUUGCAAUAGAUUUGUGGAAUAUGCAAAUAACUUGUUCUGUGACCUCAAAUAAUCCGCAGGUUGUGGCUUUUUGGCUGUCGCCUGUCACUCUUUCAAGGGGGAGAACUUGUAAAGCUUUUACGUAAUGAUAUACAAUUGCUUCUCUGGGUAUUAUUUGAAAAGCCUGAGAUGUGAUUAACUGUUUCACAUGCAUAUAUGACAAUUAUAUAUCAGUAUAUGAUUAUAUAUGGUUUAUAUAAUCAUAUAUAUGUUGCUGUUGAAUGUGACAGUGAUAUAUUUGUGCUGAGUUUUCAGCUGUUACAAUAUAAUGUAUAUUACCCUGUAAAUUUAUGUUAAAACAGGUCCGUUGAAAAAAUGUGUGUGUGUGUGUGUGUGUGUGUGUGUGUGUGUGUGUGUGUGUGUGUGUGUGUGUGUGUGUGUGUGUGUGUGUGUGCGUGUGUGUGUGUGUGUGUGUGUACAUAUAUAUAUAUAUAUAUAUAUAUAUAUAUAUACACACACACAUACAUACUUGCAUAUAUACACAUACAUACACCCCACUACGUUUGUCAGAAAACUUUUCAGAAUCAACAUUUCUAUGAGAUACCAUUCUACAAAAUACUCCCACAAAUAUGGGCCAUUGGUUACAAACAAGAUUUGUUAAUUUGCACACACAAAAUGUUUAUUUUCCUAACAAAUCCAUUCAAUCCAUGCUUUGUGAAGACUCUCCUGUUGAGAGGUUAAUUUCUGUGGAUGGCCUGGAUGCCUCUCAGAACAUUUACAAUGUAUUAGGUAAUGUGUGUGUGUGCGAGUGCGUGGUGUGUGUGAGUGAGCUUCAUUUGUAUAGCACCUUUCACAGGCAUAAGCCACGAGAGGUGAGGUGUCUUGGGGCUUGUACUGUGAGACGUGGAACACCUGAUGGAUUCGGAUGGUAGCUAGCAGGCGCAGACGACAUGAUGGGGUUGAAGACGUGUUUGAAGGAGUAGGGACCAAGGAAGCGGGAUGCCAAUUUCCUGGAACUGGCCAGAAGGCGGAGGUGAGUGGUAGAAAGCCAGUCCUUGUCAGGGGUGGUAGAUUGGCCCAGGAUGGUGACGUUGGGGGUAUUGCUGAGCGUACUGGGCAUUAGUCCUAGUGAUGGCAGCCCAUGCCUUAAUCCAGGCAUUGCAUCAAUGUCGUAGCAGGACUCGCUCAUCGUUCUGUAGAGCUAGAUCUAUAUGGCUUUGUCCAGGGUUGAGAGGGCCUCGCAUCCCACCAUUUCCUCCCACACCAUACCAACUUUAUUUAUAAAGCAUAUUUAAAGAGCAAGUCAACCCCUACCAGAGUCAAACUCCACUCUCACUUCAUGUUUGAAAAAUGCAACAAAUGCUGUUGUCUGGCAGACCAGGAAGGCGGAGCUGCUAACAAAUACACACACACACAGGCUCACGACAGCAUUGUGACAUCAUAAUGUUCCAGUUUACAUCAUAGCAUACCUCUUAGCCAAUAGCGGUGGCAGAUUUAAAUUAAAAUACAGUGCAGAGUUUUUACCUGACAACGGCACAACACUGCCAGUUUUAGGCAGAAUAUUUAAAUUUUAACUAAGAUGCACUGAAGUACCAAAUUAUUGACUACAUGUGUCUGCAGCACGAUACGAUACUCGUUUAUUUAGUUUAUCAGCAAAAAAAUGUUUAUUUGGGGUGACUUGUUCUUUAAAAAUGGCAUGGCAGACGACCAAAGUGCUGCACAUCUAUGGUGCCAGUCUCUCCAUGAAAACCAAUCUUAGAGUGGCGUCUCCAUUUCACUUUAGCUGCCAGGGUUCUGAACUUGGACGUGUACUGGCAGAAUGAGCGCUCCCGCUGUUGGAGCUUCAGUAGUUGGGUCUUUGCACCAACCUCACUACUGUGGGGAACGAAGGUCUUCCUGAUUUCUGAGACAAGGGCCAGAUAGUCAUUACAGGCUGGUGAUUUGGUGAAGUACAAGGCAGCGGCCCACGCCUGGGUGCGAGAGAAGUGAGGUGAAUAGAGCCAUGUGGGAUCUGGAGGUAGAGUAUUUGGAGGCUUGGUACUCGAAUAGCAUCUCCAGUGUGGCUAGUAGCCCAUCCGGAUAUCCGUGAGCCCCAUCCCAGCAUUCAGGUAUGAAACAAAAGCAUGAUUGAGGAGCUCCAAAUCCUUUCUUGACACCAUGGUUUUAAAUUUAGAGAUAUUCCUGAGUUGCAAAAAGCAGUUUACCGUUAGCCGCUUACAGUGCUGCACAAAUGACUUUUCACUGUCGAAGCUGACCCCUAAGUUUCUAAGGCUGGGCUUCACAGAACUGUCCUAAAUCACCCAGGAACUGUUUAAUCCCCAGGAUAGAAUCAACAGGGACAACAACCAGAGUUUCUGUAUUGUUAGCAUUUAGCUGCAGCUUUUAAGUAAGCCAAUUCUGUAACUCCACUAAACAAUGGAGCGAUGAAUUUAAUUUGCUCAGCUCAGACUGCUAAAAGAACAAUAUAAUGCCAUUUGCAAAUAGGUGGAAAGAAAUGUCACUGAACCUUUUUAAUGAUCUUACCCAAAGGGGUCAAAUACAGCAAGAAUAGAACUGGACCCAGGACAGAGCCCCGGGGCACUCCACGCAACAAAUCUGCCGCUUCUGACCUCAUUUGGUUUGCUGUAACACUGAAACUACUUUCUGAUAAAUAAAAGAACCACUGAAAAACUGUCCCUGACAGUCCUAUUUGAUCCUUCAGUCUCAUCGGAGAAACUGAUGAUCAACUGUAUUGAAGGCUGAAGAGAGAUCCAAGAGAGCCAGAACAAUGCAUUUUCCGCAAUCGGCAACCAUCAUAAUGUCACUGGACACUUUCAGUAAAGCUGUUUCCGUAGAAUUGUAUUUAUGGAAAACUGACUGAAAUGGCUCAAGGAUGCUACUAUGGUUCAAGAAAGUAGACAGUUGUUCAUAGACCACCUUCUCAAGAAUCUUAGAAAGAAACGUAAGCUUGGAAAUAGACCUAUAGUAGCAGAGGUCAGUUGGGUCUAAGCCUGUAAUGGCUCAGUAAAGGCAUUUUUAAAAGCAUUUGGAAACACACCAGUCGUUAGGGAGAGGUCGAUCAUUUUGGUAACAUGGACCUAUUACCUCAAACACUUUUCCAAAGAGCCUAUAUAUGUACAAUAUACAAUAUAUAUGUACUAUAUACAAUGCUAGCUUAGCACUAAGUUAGCGGUCUUGUCUGUCGGUUUGAAAUAUUUUAACACUUUGGUAACAUUUUGGCAUUUCUUUCUGGGUGUUAUACUUACUUCCCCAGCCUUUGUUGCUUAUGCUGACUAUAUCUUUUUGAGCGGCAGAACAAGCGUGCUUCCCGUUUCCGUCAUGGAACCAGAAAGUCACACCAAGAGGAGACCGUAUAACCUAGAAGUGUUACAUUAAAACGAAACAUCAAAAAUUGUUGUUUAAUUAUUCAAAUAUUAGUUUCAGUCUUAGCUCUACCCUCUUUUAUUCCAAACAAUACUUAAAGAAAAUAACCUGAAAAGGGUUUAUAAUUGUGUGGAUUUAUUUUAUUUUUUUUUUUUUUGGACAAUAUUUAAAUGAUUUUAUGUUCAAAAUCAAUUGACAAAUUGACAAGAUCAUUUAGGUAAUUAUUUAUAAAUCACUAAUGCAUUUAUAAAUGAUUAUAUCUUGCAUAUAAUCAAUGGUGAUUGUGACUUUAGAAAGUCUAUAAACCAUUUACCAAAUGGGGGAAUGAGUGUUUGUAAAUGUUUAGUUAUUGUUUAAAAAUGUGUAAACGUAAUCACAGCCUCUAAAAAUGAAUUUUAAAUAUUACCUAAUAACUUGUAAAUGAUUUAUUAAUGAUUUACUAAACACUUUAUAUUUAUUUAUUAACUUUUUUAUUUGUAAAUGUUAGUAUAGCUUUAUAAAUAAUUUUUCUAUCAAUACACUUAUAAAUGUUUAAUAACAAAGCAUUUUCAUAAAGUGUUACCAAAUUUUAUAGUCUAAAGUGUGGCUUUCCCCCUAAGACUAUGGGGUGUACUCACUUUUGCAACAUGGCUUGAAUGAAUUUGUUAGGAAAAUGACUUUUUUGCGUGUCAAUGGCCCACAUUUGUGGGAGUAUUUUGUAUUACGGUAUCUCAUAGAAAAGGUUUAUUCCAAAAGAAAUCUAAAGGUUUUCUGACAAAUGUAGUGGGGUGUACUUAUUAAUGCUGAGCACUGUGUGUGUGUGUGGAUUGGUAGGUUGCUUCUAGCACUUUAAUCUGGUGUAGAGGCAUCAAAGCCAGAUGCUUCAUUCUCAUUUUAGUAGCUGUACAAAUAAUUUUUAUUUUUAGGGUUUUUUUGGUUCAUACCUGUUAAUAAAACAUUAGCUGCUACCUAUAUCAACAAGAACUUGUUCUUGUGUUGUAAAAGGAGGUCCACUGAGUGGAAGGAGGAGGUAAAAUUUUGCAGCAGGCAUUGAGUUUCCCUCCGUUCUUGGUGAGGCUGAACAGAUUACAGGUGAAGGGAUGUUUGUGUACAGGACAAGACCUUCCUCAUUGUCUUUUUGUCAACUGUAUUCAGGUCUUCCACAACAGAAUUUAUGUCCAUGUGGAAAAAUCACAGAGUAGGUAUGGAUAAUUAUUCUGGUAACUUCACCAGAGCAGUGUUAAAGUGCUGUACAAAUACCAAUAAAACUAAAGUAAUUGUUGGAA